CUGUUAUUGUUUGAAAGUACAGCUCUCCGUUUAGUAUAUUCCUUCAAAAUUAACUGCUCCUUCAACAUCUGUGAGUAUUAGUUCUCCUAUGUAUAUCGUAUGAUCUUGGUUUUAUUAUCCUUGGAAAUGGUUUCCUUUUUGAUUUACCUUCCAUGCACGGACCACAUUCAUUUUGCUUAGGGAAGUUAACGGUAUAAUUAAUUCCUUACUUGUAUUUAUUUUCUAACAUUUGUAUACAUGUAUAAUAUAUAAAACUUAAAAUAAUAACCGUCAUGGCUAUGGCAAGGACUUUAUUAAAAGUCCUUUGGCUAUGGUAGUGAGUAUUGACAAUAAACUGUCACUGUCACUGCUGUUAUAAUGGCAAGAAAUUUUAAUUCAGACUAUAAUCGUAAAUAUUAAGUAACUUGUAACUUGUUAAUAAUUUAGAGCUGCUGUUUUCAUAUGAAAUUAAACAUACUUAGGCACAUCCAAAGAUUUUAUUACUAUUAUCCAUGAGUCGUAAGACGUCAUCGGGCGGGACAUCCGUACCCUCCAUGACAACGAAGGCGCCGCCGCCGUCGGCCGACGCAACGCCAUCCUAUGGUGAGAAACCUCUCAAGAAGCGGCGACUGAAGACGUACUGUCCACCAUCGACAAGCACCUCCCACACACACUUCUACGUGCCGUCUCCGAAGGGAGCCGAGCCGGAAUGGCAACGUGUAUCACGCAGGGAGUUCCAUCAGCAAGGCGAUACGACAUCGCGCUCCGAAGAUACGGUCUGUGCCCCACCAGCACCCGCGCGCUCUGCGAAAAAGCAGCUUGAAGCGCUGUUGCGUAAGGAGUUGGAUUCGAAGCCGUUAUUGGGAGGGGGCGAGUGUGAAGGAGCAAAGGCUACGGACGCAGGGCGACUGAUAAGAUCAGCGGCUUGGCUGGUGCAGGGCGGAUCGGCGCCGCUGCAGACGCAGCGCCUUCGGGAGAUGCUGCUAGACUACUGCCAGCUAUCUGCCGGCGGAUUCAUGAUGGGUGAGCUGGAAGAAGUGUGCGUAGUACUGCAGUACCUCUCAGAGCGGCAGGGCCAGGACGGGGCGGAGCUGCGGGCGCCCCUGGAGUGUCUCAUCACCCUCAUAGGAUGCCCCGUGCGACUUGCACUGGCCUCCGACAUCCUCACACACUUCGAAUCUUUCACGGCUUACUUCACCUUCCUUGAAUACCUGCUGGUGUGCAUGGAAGACGACCAGAUGUUUAUGGUGGCUGCUCGAGGACUGUGCUGGCAGCUGUCUGCAGCAGAUGAAGAGCGAGGGUCUGGAACUGCGAGGAGACACCAGGUCCUGGCAGCGGCCACGACCCUGUACCAGACUGCCGCAAGAAUGCUCGCAUUGGCUUCCGACCGCCGCUUCUCUACCUAUCUGGACAUUGCGCUGUUGCUAGCCUGGCCCUCAGACGAUAAUUGUAUAAGCAUGAUGAUGGAGAAUAUUGUGGAAAAUGUCUGUUACCGGUUCAACCCUUACUUCCCGGACAGGAGACUCAAACCCGAAGAGAUCUAUCCGAAAAACCCACACGACCAGUUCCCAUACAAACUAGGAGCGGCGACGGAGCACCUGCGCCAGGUGUUGUCUCUGCUGCUAGUGCUGGUGAGGUCCACACUGGCGCGGCUCUCGCGGCAUCCGGCGCUGCGGGGCCGCCUGCCUUGCCCUGACCGCUACGCUCAGGUUUGCCUGACUUGGAUAUUCCGGUACACUUGCGUGGCGCGCGAGUGUCGCGAGCAGCGUGCCACGGUGGCCGCGCUGCUGACGGCGCUGCUUCACAUCUACGGGACCAAGCUCGACUACCUGUCCUACUCUAUCAUGCCAGACGUGAUGACUUUGGCAGUGGCGACGGAGCUGCCACAGCGGAAGGGUUGGCUCGGCAAUGUGCCUUUCUCUGCGAACUUAUCCGAUGCUACCUUCAAGAAGACCCUGCUCCGACUGUCCGUGCAUUUCCUACAGCUAUUUCCGAAAAACAUAUUUCUCGUGGAGCACACGGGCUGGUUCCAAGGCCUCACGUAUCUGGUGGACCCUGGGCUGGCCUCUCUCCGCACCAAGUGGUCGUGCAGCAUAUUCGCGGAACUUCGCCAGGAGGCGUUCCAAGCGAUGAUUGUGACACUCCCUAUGGUCCAUUGGAACAUCGUCAGCGAAUACCAACUCAUACGCAGGCUGCUCUGGUAUAUAGAGUGGUACCCCCAACAUCAGUAUGAGGUGGCUACCCUAUACUGGGCGUUGCGUCUGCUCCACGCCGCGUUGUACCAGCGGCGGCGGGUGGAGCGCCGUGCGUCAGUGAGACAGCUGCAUGACGCUCACGGUGUCAACAUCAUUGCUAAUCUAUGCCACACUUUGAUGCGCGAGCGACGCCCACCCAUAGUGAAGUGCCAAGAGAUUCUGUGCAUUGGUCUGAAGAUUCUGACCAGCUCUAUGGAGAACCGAGAGGAAAUCUGCAAGGUCAUGGAAACUGACUUGAUCUGGCCGGAGCACGUUUGCAUACUCGCCAAGAAAACCCUUGAUGUCGUCAUCAAAGCUCUGGACCAACACCUGAUCGUUGGCAAUAAGUAUAUCAUCACAUUAUUAAAUACAAUUUGGGAAUGUAUUAUCUGGUAUCCGACGUAUAGACAUUGGUUUCUGGACAACAAUGGCGUCUACAGACUUCUAGAUCUAAUAACGAUGGUGGGUCGGUGGGCGCAAUGCUUGGUGUUGGCGCUGCUGUGUGACCUGCUGCGAGCCGGAGACGGGGUCAGUCAGCUGGUGACAUGGCGCGCCUCCUUCAACGCCGCCAGUGCUCAUCCGCAGCUUGUGAAGCAGGGUGCCACUAUUGCCACUCUCUUGGCCAGUAUAUCCCGGGACGAAUGCCUCGUCACUGGUGUGAAAAUCGACCACAUGGGCGUCAUUCAAGACACGGAGUGGCCGCUGCGUAGUUUGCCCGAGAGGGAAGAGCCCCGACCCCCGCCCGGGGGCUACAAUGGCCGGUCCCCGCACUGCGAAGCCGCCGCCGACCUCGCCGGCUCUAGGCUGUCCAAGACUUUUGCAAUCCUGUACUUGCUGUCGAAAGAUUUGUCGAGUAAAGUUGACUUGUUGGACGAGACGUAUCAUUUGUACAAACAUGUCCUCCUAACAGUCGAAGACGAGGUGAUGCUGGUGCUCUGUGCGCACUACCUGACGCUGCAGCAGGCCAGCGCAUGGCGUGAGGCGCGCGCUCAGUGGCCGGACCAUGGCGCCACUCCCGACUCACUCUUGCUCGACGAGUUUCAUCAGCUCUCCAGGGGUUGGGGUUUAGAAAUACAGCGCCAGCAAAAAUAUGUGAUAGAGGACCGUGCGAAAGAAGACCAGAAGCGAGAGUCUUCGCUCUACUCUUUCCUGGCCCGCGCCCGCCUGACAAUGGCCCUGGAGGGACUAAAAGAAGCGAAACGCGACGCGCGGUCUACGGACCGCUCUGUGUUGUUACACGAUAUGUUGCGCGACGCAGUGCAAGCACACCAGAGGCGCGUCGACGUCGGUACACCAGAAUUGGUGACUACUUACAAGGCGCCGUUGGAUGAACAACACGUGACGAGUCAGCGCAUGCGUGUGCCGGCUAUGUCCCCCCCAACCCCGUACCCUGGCCCGCAGUCCAUUGAUUCUGUGGCGCUCUGCAACGACGGACUACCCCCACGUCGCGGCCCGACCCGGCCGACCCGGGUGUAGUUAUUUGUAUGAUCGUGUUGGUUAUUUCAAAACUAAUAAUAUUCCUAUCUAACUAA